AUGAGCGUAGAAUUGCUAGACAGCGCCACCGUAGUGAGCUUCGUGGAGGACGAGGAAGCCUUCGGCGCCGCCAUUAGGGAGCGUUUCAGGCACCUUGACGUCGACGGCGAUGGCGCGCUGUCGUACACAGAGAUGUUGAAGGAGUUUGGAAGCGAUGAGGUUUGUUGUGCGUACGAAACGGAGUCGAAUGGAAAAGUUGAUUUGGAGAAGUUCAUGAGGGGAAUGAAGAAGAUGAUGAUGGCCAUUGCUGAGGGAUUAGGGUUCUUGCCGAUUCAUAUGGCGCUGCAAAAAGAUGGGUUGUUGAUGAAAGCUGUUCAGAGAGAAGCCGCCGCCAUGGUAGAUGCUUGA